AUGAGCGAUUAUGCAUCGAAUCCACCUAUGGAUGGUAACCAAAACGGUGCUUAAUAAUAGUAAGAAUAAUAAGGUAUAGAUCUAUCCUAAUUAGAAUGUAUUCCAAUCAGAUGCUCUUUAGGAGUUGUUAAUGAGUUUAUAAUCAAUACAGUAGAUUUUAUAAAUAGAGUUGGAUUCCGCCUUGAAAAUGAUUAGCUAUCAAUUGAAAAGUUGCUUGAAGGUAUAGAUCAAAAACUACUUUUGUUAGAAAAAAAGCUAGAUUCAGUAAAUCCUGAAUUCUACAAUGUGUUACCUGAUAUUCCAAAACCAGAAUUGACUGUAUAUUUUAACUCUUCUAACCAACCUGAUUAAUAGUAAGGAAUGUAAUAAUAGUAGUAGCAGUAGUAAUAAUAAUAGUAGUAUGAUCAGCAAUAUAUGUAAUAAUAACAAUAGUAAAAUGGAUAUGUUAACAGUAAUGCCCCUCCAGCACCACCUUUGGCUCCAGGAAUUUUUGUAAAUUCAAGUGCUCCUCCACCACCCCCAGGUUUACCUGGUAUAGUGGUAAAUCCAAAUGCUCCUCCACCUCCCCCAGGUUUACCUGGGAUAGUUGUUAGCUCAAAUGCUCCCCCAGCUCCUUCACUACCUAAUAUUGUAGUUAAUUCUGGUGCUCCUCCACCACCUCCUUUAAAUUUUCCUCCUCCACCGAUGAUGAAUAUACCUCCUCCACCUCCAAUGAACAUCCCUCCUGCUCCAACUGCCCCAGGUAUUUUUGUUAACAAUAAUGCUCCUCCUCCACCUCCUUCAUUACCUGGUAUUGUUGUAAAUGCAAAUGCACCUCCUCCACCACCCUUGAGUUUAGGUCUUCCAGGAGUUCCAGGUGGUUCAUCAUUACCUCCUCCUCCACCACCUAAUAUGUCUUUACCACCUCCUCCUAUAAGUGCCCCAGGUGGUCUUCCUAUACCACCUCCCCCAAUGGCUCCUGCAUAAGUUCAAAGCGAUGCAUAGGCAGCAGAAUAAGGCUAAGAAACAGCAUAACCUGUAGAAGAAUUAGAUGAAAACAUGAAAAAAUAUAUAAAAAUGGUUAAAGUUGGAAUUCCUGCUGUUUCAGUUAAAUAAAAAAUGGCUGCUGAAGGAUACGAUCCCAAUACUCUAGAUUAAUAUUUACCAAAGGAUGAAUGA